AUGAAUUUACACGCCGGGGGAUUGUCAUGCGGAGCCUCGUCGCUUAAGUCGGAGACCACCGUUGCCACAACAACAGCAACAAAAUUGAAAGGAUCGGCGGAGUUGACGUCGCUUGUAAAGGUUUCGAGUUGGGGCAAAGGGAGCAGCAAUCUCUGUGACUGCUCCUCUUGCCAGAAAAAAACAAGCGGGAACUUCAUGACGGAGCCAAAGUUUGAUUUGUCCCUCCAUAAGUCACCACUUCUGCCACAGAUGAUGACGCAACCGUCGGCAAUUUGCCCACACACCGUGUCCCACUCUCAGUCCGCAAAGACGCAGGACUCUGUGGAAAUCCCUUCCUCAGGAAAAGAUGCGGCAACAUAUUCUCGGACGGCAGCCAACACGUCAUUGUUGCCACCUUGCACAGUGGAGCGCCAGCAAUUUCAUCAUUAUUAUUCCCAUCCUCAUCAACAGCACCAUGAGCAGCCUUCAGCGUCACGGAAUUUAUUGGCGUCGGGGGGUAUUCCUUUGCAACGAUACCGCGCCAAACUGGAGGAGUGUGCAGACCUUCAUCGUCGCCUGCAGGACACUUGUGUGGAGCUUAGUGUGACACGGGAACAUUUGUGCAGCGUCAAGGUGGACCGUAGCAAUCUUAUAAACGAAAUUGAACGGCUUCGGGAUGUACUGUUUGUGACCACAACUGAGCUACAAAGUAUGCAGCAACGCGUGGAAGAAUUGGAGCGGGAGAAUAAGCACAUGAGUGUUGAAUUGCGUGGGCUUCAGGCACUCUCCAUGUGUCCAUCCAGGCGGAUGGAAAUAAUCACAACUCUGAGAGCAACCCCGUACGACACCGAUGCCGGCAAAUCGGAAAAUAUUUACGGUACGAACACGGAUUCAUUUGCUCCUGGUGAUAUGGGUGCUCGUCGUCGUCUCACCAAUUCCGCGGCGGCACUUUGUCUGGAGAGCAACCCAUCCCUUUUGCGACGCUCAUUGACAUGCACCGAUACGCUGAAACCAACAGAUAUAUUGGCCUCAUAUGUUUGUGAGUGUUUCCGUACCGAGGUCGUACCGCAUAUGGAAUUGUUGCACAGUUUGUAUGAUGGUUCUCGCCUGAUGGCUGUCGACCCGCCCGUCACGCAUGCCCAACUGAGCGCGUUGAAGCGUGUCCUCGUGGAAGCAGCGGCAGGAACAACAAGAAUAGGAGGUGCAGGUGCAGCGUCAAUUCGUAGGCUGGAAAAGAGGCCUUUGCCCCGUGUUGGCGGUCGUCGCUUGAGCCCCUUGACGUCUGCUAAGCGGUGGAAUUGUCAAGUGGAACUUCUCUCGUUUCGGUGCGAGAAUUGGCAUGCCAGCACAAGUGUGCUGCUGUACAUGAUACGCUCCAUUGAGUCUGUGCGUCAUGUAGAGAUCUUUUCCUUGACGGACGUGGCGGUCUUGCGGCAGUUGGCCGAGGCCCUUCUUAUGGCACCCCACGUGGAGGUGCUCUCUCUGCCGGAGUUGUCCCUCGCAGACGAUGGUCUGGCCGUGCUAUUCUCAUUUAUGGUUCGACAAGAGCAGCUUGUCACGAAGGCCCCGGCAAGCAUUGUGGAAACUAAAUCUUCAACACGGACAAAAUACGAACCUUUGGGAUCGAAUGAACCGCAAAAAGGCAUUGGGGUUCUCUCCCAUAAUAGGGAUCAUAAGGAAGAUGAAGAUGAUGAUGGUGCUGGUGGUAUUGGUGGAGAGGAUGAGGAAGGGGAGGAGGCUUCAUGUAAAUUGGGGGAUCAUUCAGCUCAAGUGUCUUCUGAAGGUCGUUAUGUGGAGCCACAAUUCUCUAUACCCUGCCUGGAUCUCAGUCGCUGCAGGAUUGACCACCCCACAGGGCUCUUUCGCACGUUCCGAGGCCCAUUGGUAAAGGUACUUGUGUUGACUGGGUGCAGUGCACUGCGGGAUGCGCAUGUGCGUGACGUACUUGAGGCCUGCCCACAGUUGCAUACAAUUGACCUCUCAGGAAACGAAGGCCUUACAACGGCGUGUGUCCGGUACAUCAGUCAACAUGAACGGCUGAAGGUGCUACGGUUGGAAAACUGCCCCGCUAUCAAGCGACUUGAGUUGGCCAAUGUGGAAGUUCUCUUUUCCUCUCUUGCGUAUGUGACAAGACUUUAUGCCCCAGAGCUUUGUCGUCUGCCGGUACCACUCACACAAUCUCAUGUAUUAUUUGACCUCUACGCCCCUAAACUGAGGGAGAUCAUAUUGAAGGGGAUUGUUGUGGAUCGUGGCACACUUGCUGCGUUUGUGCACAACGGUAGUAACGGCUGUGCAGGAGAACGCGAAGUUUCCUCGAGUCUUAGAGCCCACAGCUCCAGUGCUCGACCGGUGGAAAAAAAUUUUUUGGAGGAGCAACAACAACAAGAACAACAACCGCCGCGGGAAUGCGAGGGAGAGGAUGAAGAGAUGGAAGAGAAGCAGGAGUUCCAAGAGGAGCAGCAGGAGCAACAACAAGAACAACAAGAGGAGGAGGAGGAGGAAAACCAACACGAACCUGGUGACGUGCCGCAACUUUUGUCAGUUGGAUUUAUUGGGUGUCUUAUUGCCUCUGCAUCCGAAUUGAACUCAUUUAUGAAGCAACAAACCCAACUGCUGCGUCUUUCUCUUCAUGGCUGUCAUGGGUUGGUGGAUUCAAGCCUUGCGUGGCUUCCGCACACACUUAUGGAACUUGACCUUGGCGGGGUUGCUCAGCUGACGGGCAGCAGUGUGAACGUCAUUGCCACACGACUGCCGCAGUUAAUUAAAUUAAGUCUUAAAAACGCAGGUACGUCCAUACAGAAUGCGGAUUUACAUCGUUUACGCGGCCUAGGUAACUUGGAGGUGCUAAACCUGCUUGGUCUACCACAACUAUUCCCAGAGGUGGUGGCCGCCGUGGUGGAGGCAUUGCCGCAACUCCGUGUUUUAUACCAUGAAACUGUCGUGGUGGCCAGAACGCAUCCGACAACCGUAUUGCAGGUAAAUCGCAUUGACGAAGAGGACACCACACACCACGAUAUUCAACAUUGUUUAAAGGAGCUGUUGCAACUACGCAACGAAACUGCACUUGCGCUUUGGAUGGAAGCACAACUGCCCAAACCUGCACAACUUCUUCCUUGUCGUAAUGGUGCCAGAAGCGGCACAGAAAUGGGCGCAAAACAACCGCCGCUGACAAUUAACACAACAUUCUACGAGGCCACCCAGCUGGAAUUGUCGCAGCAGGGCCGAUUUACAAUGGCUUUGGAAAACGAAGAGGAGGAGGAACCCUCGACGGCGGAGAACGGAGAGAACACGGUGGAGCAAGAGAAACCGGAUGUGUUGACAAUUUCCAGCGAUCACGAAGAAGCGAUGCCACACGAAUUUUUUGAUGGUGAAGGUGAUAAUGACGAGGAUGACGAAAAUGAGAAAUCAAAACAGAGUUUAUAUGAUACGCAUCGAAGGACGGAAUCGGGAAUGGACGAGAAGAGCCGGUUGGCUAUUGAACAGACACCUUUGGGUCCAUGGGGGGCAGCCGACAUUGUCGCAGAACAUCGGCAGAAUUCUGGGGGUUGA